UAGGAGCUGAGAACAUCCGGGGCCCCAGUGAAGUCACCAUCCAAUAUGGAGGCUCCUUAUCUGUGACGUGUGAAUACAAUGAUGGCUUCCAAUCUUAUGUGAAGUAUUGGUGUAAAGGGGAGUCAUGGAAAUCCUGUGCCUCCAUCAUCAAAUCAGGAGACGGAAGUCAUCACAGAUAUUCCAUACAGGACUAUCCAGGAGAGCGUAAGUUUACCAUCACCGGCAGAGAAAUGAGACCGGAAGAUUCCGACACUUACUACUGGGGGAUGGAGCGAGCCUUCUCUGAUGACAUGCACGCCGUGAGAGUGACCGUCCUCCCAG